AUGCUGAUCGACGGUCGCUUCCAGUACCCGGAUACUCCAUUCAUUGUCCCGGCAGAUCCACCACGAGUCAUCCUUCCAAUGACUCUCUACCAAGAAGUCAUUCACGCUGCUGAAUCCGAGUUCUCCUUCGGUGCCGAGCUGUACGAUGUCUUCCUUGGCAAAUACACGCACAUCGGAGUCGACAACCCCGACGUCAUCGGCGCAGUGCGAGUCGAUCUUACCAGGAAUUUGAAUGGGGUCUUGCAGCCCAUUCAAGAUGAGGUGCGCCACGGAAUGGAGCAGCUCGUCGGCUCUUCGACCGAGUGGCAGACGUUCAACCUCAACAAGACGAUUCUCCGAAUGGUCGGCCUCAUGAGUGGUCGGGUAUUUGUUGGCUUGCCUCUAAGCCGUGACGAGGAAUGGCUGGCAGCGUCAAUCAACUUCACCGUCGACGUCGCGAAAUCCCGUGUGGCAAUGUUGAGGCUGCACCCCUUGAUCCGACCGUUUUUCUUGGGCUUCUUACCCGAAGUCCAGCACAUGCUCCGAGAGCAGAAGAGGGCGCAAGAGUGGAUGAAGCCACUAGUAUCAGACUUCGUUCAGAAUGAGUUCAACCUAGAAGAGAAGGCGAAGCCUGGGUCGCGGGGCGCCUUCAUCUCAUGGAUGAUGAAGUACUUGCCACAAGAGAGACGAACUGCCGAGGCCGUCGGCAAUAAUCAGAUGCUUCUAUCAUUUGCGGCGAUACACACGACAUCAAGCACAACCACUUUCGCGGUGAUGGAUCUUCUUGGCCAUCCGGAAUACAUCCAGCCCCUUCGGGAGGAAAUCCAACAAGUCAUAGCCGAGGAUGGAUACCAGCAAGAUGAAGCCGGAAAGAAUUAUCUUUCAAAGACGUCUCUCAAUAAGCUCAAGAAACUGGACAGCUUUAUCAAAGAGAGUCAGCGGUUGAGUCCCCUGAACUUUGGUGGUUCCGUGAGAAGAGUUCGGAAAGAUUAUACUUUCUCCAACGGCCUGAAGCUUCCUGCAGGAACCUCAGUCGCCUUCCCAUUAUGGGGUGUUUAUCAAUCAGAAACAACACAGACAUUUAGCCCCUCGUACAACAGCGAGACGAAGAACGCGCCACCCGCAGAAUUUGAUGGUUUCCGAUUCUCGCGCCUUCGCGAGAUUCCCGGUCGCGAAAUGAAGCAUCAAGCUGCCACCACAGGACCAGACGCGUUCAACUUUGGCCACGGCCCACAUUCUUGCCCUGGCCGGUUCUUCGCUGUGUACAUGAUCAAGUGUAUUCUCGUGGAACUGCUGAUGGACUAUGACAUGCAGUUGAAGAGCACUGGAACAGGUCCGUUGCGGCCCGCAAAUAUUGUUAAGCAGACGCUUGUUAUGCCUGAUUCGAGGAUUGAUGUUGAAAUCAAGAGGCGAGUUCAAGCCUAG